CGCGAUCCGAUCAGCAGGAUUAAAUUCUCAAUAGCUGCGCGCGUUCAAUCAAACAUGUAACUCCCUUUUCCCCAAAAUCGAAACUGCGAUCGAUAGUUGCUUAGGUUUUAGGGUGUGGUGGUGGUGCCAAAAGUAGUAACCCCCCUUGAUUCCCCCAGAACGAGCCACCGAUAAAUUGUUGCCAUUUAUUUUUGUGAAGAUAAUCAGAUCGCUCAAGUGCUACAGUUGAGAUAUUGCAAACGUACCGAGUGCCCAUUUUUGAUUUCAAUCUAAGGUUCAACAAGGCCAUUACCCCAUCUGCCACUGCAGCUGGAAGCAAUCAAUACGGAAAUAUGAAUAGGUUUUGGAUAAUCGCUUUACUUUUAGGAUUACAGCAAACAAAGCCAAUAAAUGGACAAUCGGAUGUGCUGGUGAAUCUGGUGGUGCCGCGGUAUGUGGAGCGCGGAUCGAGUGCCACCUUCAAGUGCACGCACAAUGUCCGGCCGGAGAUACUGUUCAAGGUGACAUGGCUGAAGGUUGACAAGGGCAAGUUCUUUGAAUUUAUAAACGGGCGAAAUCCGCCGUUUCGUAACUCAACCAUCGAGGGAGCCGAAAUCGACUGGGACAAUUCCAACGAGCAGCAGGUGACACUGAAGAAUGUCCAGUUCGAUCUAUCCGGCCAGUUCUACUGCGAGGUCUCCACGGACACCCCCAUCUUCACCAAGGCCAGCGCCGAUGAGCUGAUGAGCGUGUUCUUGCCCCAGACGGGUCCGCCCACCAUUAAGUUUCGCAAGCGUACGCCCUUCGCGGUGGGCGAGAAACUUUUCGCACUGUGCAACACCACCCGCGGUCGCCCUGCGCCGCACAUCACGUGGCUAAUCAAUGGGAAGAAGGUGGAGGACAGGUACGUGCGCACCCACCACGUGUUCUCCUUCAAUGGGAAGCAUCAGCAUCAGCGCCGCACGCAGCAGCAGCAGCAGACGCAGCUGAGUCAGCAGCAGCUGCAGCAGCAGUAUUUCCAGCAGCAGUACUUCAACCAGUACCAGCAGCAGUACCACAUCCCCGUUGGCCAAUUCAUGGACCGCUACGACAAAAGCCUACGAUGGCCAGCUGGGGCACGAGCGGAUGAGUUCCCGCACUUUUUGUCGCACCACCAUGAGGGGCACGGUCACCACGGCAGCCUCUACAACAAUCCGUUUGGGUCACUGGCCAACUACCAUGACGUGGGCGAGUUCCACGAGGUGCAUCAGCGCAACUACGACGCCAACAAGAAGAACAUGGAGCUGAAGAAGCAGCAGCAGAUGGAGAUGAAGAAGCACAGGAACAGCAACCGCAAGUAUCGGCGCCACAUAAACGAGAACGCCCUGGGCAUCAUCCGCAGCACCCUCAACAGCGGUGGCUUCGGUCCCCAGGCUCCCAACAUGAACAAGGAGCUGGGCAUCCCCUCCAACGCCGGACCCAUGAACCAGCUGGCCGCCGGCUACCAGCGACCGCUCUCGCAUCCCGGCGGUGGCAGCGGAGUGGCGGCGGCAGCGGCCGCCGUUACCGCCGCCCAGCAGGAGAAGGGCAUGUUCAGCAUCAGCCAGCUGAACAUCGAGCUCACCGAGGAGCAUGUGGGCAGCAACAGUCGCAUGGAGAUCACCUGCCUGUCCACGAUCCCGGCGACCGUGGGCCAGGGUGAGCAGUACGCGGACUACAAGACUUACUCGGUGAAAGUUGAGGUGGAGCGACAAUUGGCCUCCUCCACGUCGACGGCUCCGCCGAGCAUCGGAAUGGCGGCGCUGGGCAAUGGAAACGGACAUGGCAACGAGACCUCCGCCGGACGGAGGGCACAUGGCACGGUAGUGACGCACUUGUGGUCACUGGCGCAGCUCCUGCUGCUCGUCCUGCUGCCCCUCAGCUACUAGAUGGCACCAAAUGCGGCAUGCAGGCGAACGGGACGCGCUGGAGGAGAGGAGCAGACCACCGACAUACUCGCACAGAAGGUAUUGUUAAUGCAAAACCAAGGGCAACCACAUCAUCACCAUCCCCCAUCCCCCAUCCCAUCAAGGACAAAUGUAGCAGGAAAAGCAGCAGCUACAGCAGCAGCAGCAGGAAUAGCAUCGGAAAAAAACAAGUUGGAAUUUUUGUAAAUUGUACACCGCAUUUUUAAUCCAUUUCCCCAGCAUGAGCUCGAUCGAGCAGCUAAAUUAGUGCAGCUCAAAGAGGGCAAAAGAGAAAAAACCAACAAUGGACUAAGAGAACAUUUUUAGCAUUUGUGCUCGCCUUGGUCGGCCAAUUUAAAUAGUUUACUUGUAAAUAACUGCAGAUGACCGAGGAAAGCGGGCGUGGAUUUUCCCCCUUUUUUUUGUGUGGCCGCAAUGCCAAAGAGAAAUGUUUGUAAUUAAGUUGCAGUCGGACGGGAAAUUGGUUAGAAUGCUUUUCAGUCCGGCCAGCGGCCAGCGGCCACUUUUUUGUAGUCCGAGGAGAAUUUUGUAUAGCUAAUUGAACAUAAGUUUCGGGACAGGAGGCGACUGCAACUCAGAACAAAGAAACCAAAAGUUUUUGCGCCCUGUCAAGGUCGGUGCGUCAAGGGCGUGGUGCUCCGCCCACUGAUUUCGGCCUUGUCAGACGUUUGGGAGAUGGCACAGUCCCACCCCGCCCCCAACAAAAACAACCAAGAAACUGAAAAAUCCAGAGAAAUUAAAAUCCAAAGUAGCCAGAAUUGAUUGCGGCUAUCGUUUUUAGGCGUUUCAAAGCAGUCGCUACGAAGCUUGUACCUAAAAUGCAUGAUCUUAGUGCUGUAGUGCAAACCAAAUCGAAUUACACAAAACAAAAACACUCAAAGGAAACAUAUUUUUUACGGUAUUGUAGCGCUUGGGCUAGUCAAACGGAUAGGGAUUUAGGGAUGUGGCUAUGUAACUGAGGGUAGGCUAAGAUUAGGGCAAUUGAGUUUGGGAGCCAGCAGUACCGUAACCCGAAUCCCCCGUACCAACGCACCCCGGAAGUAAAACGUUUAAAUGUAAAAUAAUUAGACAGUUAAACCAAGAAGCUUACAGAAACAAUCAGUGUUGAAAACAUUUUUCGAGAAAACAACCAAAACCAAAUAAGAAAAAGGCGGAGCGAAAAAUAGCACGCAGAACCCAAAGAAAAAAGGAGCCAGGAGCCAGGAGCCAAAAGAGGCGCAAUCUGCGGCGCGUGGUGACCCCGAAAAUUGGUAGGGGUCGCCACCGGGAGGGUUAGUCUCGUAAUGGGUGACCCCACUCCGGAAGGACUCCGCUUUACAUUACGACGCUUAUUUAUUUAUUUUCAUUUUGGAGCCUUCGUUUUGGGUUCGUUGUGUGUAAAUGGUUAUCGUUGCAAUGGUUCGUUUAGUGUGUAGUUAGGAAAAUAUUUGCCGUUGCGAUUAAUUGUUUUCAUUAAGAUUUUCCUUUUCCAUUUUUUUGUUUUUUUUCCCGGUUGAGAAGCGGCUUAGUCGCAGUGCUUAACAACAAGUACGGAUGCAUUUCGUGUGUAUUUAGGAGGAUUAUUUUCGAGCGCGCUUUAAGUGUCUAUGGCUAAAGAACCAUUUUAACACGUAGCAUAACAAUGUAACUAUGUAAAGCAAGAUGGUAGCAACCACGGACAACCCGGCAAAGUAAAUAUAUGUAAAGCAAUUAGUGGACUAGUCUAUACUCUCUAAAAACAAAAACAUAAACAGAAAAAACAAAAAAGAAAAAAGAAAAAAAAACCGAAGUAUAUUUAAAUGAUUGUCUGUACUGUGUGUGUAAUUAGGCUUCUAUUUUUGACUUCUACUCGACGGCGAAAUGCAAAACCAAACAUAAAUUAAGUAUAACAACUAAACCUGCUAUGUUCUCCAACAGUUUGAGCAAGCGAAAUCCGUUAAAGCAACUCAUUAAACAAUUAACAAAGAACAAUGAACAAUUACAACUGCAAAUUAACAAAACAAAAUCUUGCCACAGUUGAAACAUUUUCCAAGGGUUGUCCUCAUUGUGAGUACACGUACAUAAAUGUAGUUUCGUGGCCAGUGAAAGCGGAUGAGUACACCAACUGGAUAAUGCUUGAACGAACUACGAGAAUUUUUUAUAAAUGACAUAUACUUAAUUAUGAUGAUUACGGUGACAUCACGUAUAAAUAAUUGAAAACAAAGUUCAUAUUAUGUAUGAAAAUAUGGCUAAAAUGUCUUAUGCAGGUAUUGACGUCUUCCUAUGCUACGCUGUCUAUUAUUAACAGAAAAAACAGAAAAUUGAUUACAUUUAUAAAUUAUACAUUACGAAUAGGUGUGCAUGCAAAUUUACUGAUUGCAUACACUUAGAACUAAAUUAAAGGAGUAAAACCGAAUAAGUAAACAAUGAUACACUUAUACACAAACACAAAUGUAAAUGCUUUAAAACGAAUCGAUAAUUUAUUCCUGUUUUCAUUCAAAUCCGUAGACUAUAUCGUUUUCGUAAUGAUAUGAUUAUGGUAUGCUAAUUUCAACCAUUAUUCAAUUCCAGAUGAUUUAAUUUGUGUAAACUUAUACGGGAGCUAUUUCCCAGUUAGUUAUGGGUUUGUAAAUCACUCGUACUAGUAAAUGUUUCCCACCAAUCUAUGAACAAGUGCAAACACCCUAUCAACGCAUCACUCUCUACACUCUCUACACUAUCUACACUCGCCAACACAUCCGCAGUUUUCCCGAAAAGCUUUUCCAAUUGUCAUACACUCUCCUCUCUAUUUGUCUGUAUAAAUAUGCAAACUGCGUGUUGUCUUCGAUUCAGUCGUCUGUUGUCUCAGCAAAUAUCCGCAUGAAUAUGCAUAAUGUGCAUAAUUGGCCAAGGACUUGGAGUUACUUUAUCAUCCCAGUCACGUCGCUAAUUAUGCAGCCUCUAUCGAGCAUAUCUAUGUACAUGUAUGUGUAUCAAUGUAAAAACUCUAUAUAGGUGUCCAGUGCAAGCGAAACGCAAGAGGGUGUUAUUUAUAUAGAUCAAAUAAGAGUACAUUAAGUGUCGCAGCAAUUCGCAAAACAUAUCAUAAAUGUUGUAACAUUUUCGGUUCCCAAUACACUGAGAACCCAGCCUCUCGAGUCGGAAGCCAAUUAACAUUUUUCAUGCCUAGCAUAUGGUACUUGCGCCGAUUAAUUAUUAUUAUUGUUUGCUGAGGCUUCGCCAAGUCAUAUACUCUCAAGUGGAUGCUGACUUGGCUGUUAUGGGGUCUCGUGUAGACGAGCAAAUGACAUACAUUAUAAUGAAAUGGGAACGCAUGUUAUACAAGUAUGUAUUUAAAUGUUGUAUUUUGAUAAGUCGAAAGUAUUACGAUGAUGUCAGAUGGCCGGACAAAGGCAUCUUGUCCGGAAAUCAGAUGCACGUCUACCUUUAUCAUUUCUCUCACAUCAAAAUCUUCCAGUCACACAUAUCAUUGCGUAUUGAACAAAAAACAUGAAAUUAUACAAAAUAUAUAUUGAAAUUAUGUAUACAAGACGACAUAAGGAAAUCACAUAAAAAAGCGUGUAUAAAAGAUAUAUUUAUAGAGAAAAGGUAUGUUUAUUAAGUUUAAACACUUACACCACAAAAAGCUUUAACUUUUUGUUCCCAUUGUUUAUCGAACAUUAAAAAUAAUCGCAUGCACAAAUCACGUGGAAAAUAUUUGAUAUUGAAUUCAGCCUAAUUUGAAUUUCCCUCAUUUGUAUUGUAUAAAAUGUUUUAAGGUCUAAGAAAUUGUCUAGAUAAAUAGCAUUAUUGAGGCUACUAAUAAUAACUGAAUAUUGAAGAAACCCAGACAAAUUGAACUCGAUAAACGUAAAGUAAAUAUUUAUUUAUAGAUACAGACAUACCAAGCGAGCGAUACAAUUGCAACAAAUUGCAAAAAACCUAUGCAAGACAAACGCAGAAAAAAAAGUGUGUGGAAUAUGUGUAUUAUUAUUAUACUAAGCCACGAAUAUUUAUAUGUACACUGAGCAGCGGAGAGAAUUAGGUGUAAAGUUUAAAGUGUAAAUUAACAAACGAAGAACAACAAUUACGAUUACAACUCAACCCAAAUUAUGGCGCCUACUGCUUGGCCAAUCUACUACACUGAAAGGGAUAUACAGCAUAUUAAAUAUACAUACAGAAAUACGAAUA